AUGUACCCCUCAAGCAUUGAGCAGAAGAUCAUCGAUGAAGCAGAAAAACUGAUGGUGGAGACAAUGUCGCGUUACGAUGCCUCACACGACGCGUUCCACGUGCGACGUGUUCGGAAGACUGCACUCGCUCUGGCCAACUCGGUGACAUCCUCAUCUCCCACCAAGCCCGAUCUACUGGUCGUUGAACUCGCCGCUCUGCUUCACGAUGUGCUCGACAAGAAAUACGUUAGCCCUGAGCAAGCUUCAGAUCCAUAUGCGUACUUUCUACCCUUCUUUCAAUCCACGCUCGCAGUCCAGGAUGAGCUAGACCUAAUCGCCGACGGCCGAGCUCGAUUGAUUACAAGGAUCAUUGAUAACAUAUCUUGGAAGACAGAACAAGCACUGCGCGAAAAAGGAUUGGUGACGGAUUGGCACAGGGAAUGCGUGGAACUCCAUUGUGUCCAGGAUGCGGAUAGGCUGGACGCCAUCGGGGCAUUUGGAAUAUUGCGUUGUGCUGCAUACAACGCGGUCACCAACCAUGUUCUGCACGCACCAGCAGAGGACCCCGCCAAUGAUACAUCCGCUAUACAGCACUUCCACGACAAACUUCUCCACAUUUCUGAGCAACUCAAAACCGAGCCAGGGAAGCGGAUGGGGAGGAAGCGACACCAAAUGCUGGUGGGAUUUCUGGAGGCAAUUGACGAAGAAUACGCAGGAUCGCUUCCUGCUGCAUAG